AUGGAUCACGAAUCAUCUGCAGCUGAGCUGCACGCUACUGCUGUCGAGCCCCGCGUGAAAGACCACAAAGACAUGGCUGGCGGUGUAGAACCAACGAAACCCGAAUAUCCCCACGAGGAACACGGAGAGAUUGCAAGCCUCAGCAAUGAUGGAGAGGAGCCUACCGAAGAAGAAAGACAAACACUACGAAAGGUUUCCGACAAGCUCCCAUGGGCCGCAUUCAUCAUCUGUAUCAUCGAACUUUGCGAAAGAUUCACCUACUACGGUCUCUCUGGUCCUUUCCAGAACUAUAUCGAAAACAGCUACGGUGGCAGAGUGCCUGGAGCUAUUGGACUUGGACAAACUGGAGCUACUGGUCUUACUGACUUCUUCCAAUUCUGGUGCUAUGUAUGUCCUGUCCUUGGCGCAAUUGUCAGUGAUCAAUAUCUUGGAAAGUACUGGACCAUCUUCUACUCUGCCAUUAUCUACAUCAUCGGCAACCUGAUCUUGUUCUUGACUUCUCUCCCUGUCGCCAUCGAGAAUGGUGCUUCUCUGGGAGGUCUCAUCGCCGCCAUGAUCAUCAUCGGUAUUGGCACUGGAGGUAUCAAGUCCAACGUUUCGCCUCUUAUUGCCGAGCAAUACCAGAACACCAGCCAGUUUGUCAAGACCUUGAAGAGCGGAGAACGUGUCAUCGUUGACCCCGGAAAGACGAUCCAGAGAAUCUACUCCAUCUUCUACAUGAUGAUCAACGUUGGCUCUUUGUCGUCCAUCGCCACCACCGAGCUUGAGGCUAACAUCGGUUUCUGGCCUGCUUAUUUGCUUCCCUUCCUCAUGUUCCUAGUCGGAUUCGCUGUUCUUGUUGCCGGAAAGUCCAAGUACAAGGUUAGAGCCCCUGGCUCCGUCAUUCCCAAGGCUUGCAAGGUCAUGUGGAUCACUAUGAUGAACAAGGGCAACUGGAACGCCGCCAAGCCUGAGUACUCGGAAGAGUUUACUGGUGGCAAGAAAUACAACCUGAACUGGGAUGGCAUCUUCGUUGAGGAAGUCAAGCGCGCUCUUGUUGCUUGCAAGGUCUUCUGCUUCUUCCCCAUCUACUGGGUUGUCUACUCUCAGAUGCUCAACAACUUCAUCUCGCAGGCUGGUCAGAUGCAGCUCCACGGUAUCCCCAACGAUUUGAUGCAGAACUGGGAUCCUAUUACUAUCAUCAUCUUCAUUCCCAUCAUGGACUACCUGUUCUACCCUGCACUCGGCAAGCUCGGAUUCCAGAUGAAGCCCAUCACUCGUAUCACUUGGGGUUUCUUCUUCGGUGCAGCGGCCAUGGCCUACGCUGCCGGUAUCCAGAAGCUCAUUUACAGCAGUGGACCUUGUUACGACCGCCCUGGUGCUUGCGAGGCUGCUCUGCUGCCCGAUGGAUCUUACGCUCCUAACAAUGUUCACGUGGCUAUUCAGGCUCCUGCAUACCUCUUGAUUGGUCUCUCUGAAAUCUUCGCUAGUAUUACUGGUCUCGAGUACGCAUUCACCAAGGCACCCGCAAGCAUGAAGUCUUUCAUCAUGUCACUUUUCCUCCUGACCAGUGCUUUCGGUUCAGCCCUCGGUAUUGCGCUUUCGCCUACCGCUGUCGACCCCAAGCUCCUCUGGAUGUACACUGGUCUUUGCGUUGCCUGCUUCCUUGCUGGUGUCUGCUUCUGGAUCAUCUACAGCAAGUACAACGACACUGAGGAAGAGAUGAACGAGCUGGAGAAGUACACAGCACCAGCUAAGUCAGUCGAAGUUGCCGACGAAGAGAAGGCUGCUGCUGCUGAAGCUCCUGCUCGCGAGAGAAGCAUCUCUGAAUAG